UUCCGAGAGAACCACGAAACCAGGGCACCAGCGGUGCGGCGUAACACCAUGGUGGUGGUGAAGCUGGAACCAAAGGUGUGGUUCUCCACCGAGCGCACCUUCAUUCACUGGGCCAAGCUGGCCACAGUCUUUGCGGCAGCAUCUGCAGUCCUUCUGACGAGCGGUCAGAGCACAGAGGUGUCGAUCUCUGGACUGGUGGUGAGCUUUGCCUCCCUGCUCAUCUUGAUCCAUGCCGUGGUGAAGCAGGUCCGUCGCAACCGUGCCUUCAGAGAAGGAGGCCAGACCGCGAAGCUGGAGGACUUUGCGGACCGCUCUGGUGCGAUAUUGUUGGCAGGGUGCUUGACACUGGUGGUGAUUGGCAUGCUCUUGGCUUGAGGAAUGAUUUGUACAGUGUGAACACCCACCAUGGGUUGGAAACUGUUUGUUUGGAUUCCCUUCCCAAAGCCCAUCAAGGAAUGCUGAUUUGGCUCCUAGCGGGUCUUCUUUCAGAGUUAUUGGCCCAUUCCUCACGUCGGGCUGACUUGCUGACCGACUUGCCGUGCGAAUCGGUUGCUGGCCAA